UCCCGCGGAAAACUUUGGAACACUUUUACAUUUUACCUUGUCCUUGUUUACAUUGAUUUGUUUACCUUUCUGUUAAUCUUAAAGAAGACUAAAAGACAAUUAUGAAAACAGUUGUGUCAGCCUUUUAAUGUAUUGAAAGAAAGGGACUACACUGACGUUUAAGGACUUAGAUAUUCGGUAUUGAUAAUCUUGUCAUCUGUGAGUGACCAGACACAUACAAAGAAAUAAAACAGAGACAAAUCUGUGCAGUCAUGUUGUUAGUUUGUCUGACCUUGAUGGUCAGUUUUCUGUCUGCAGAAGGUCAAACACAUAAUGGAACUUUUAUUGUGACUGCUCCAAAGGAAGCCAGGAUUGGUAUCCCAUAUAUUGUUAGUGUUAUUAUGACGGAGCCAAGAUCAGAUACAUUGACGGGAAAGUUUGUAAUAGAAUCCAGUGACUCUAUAACAACAAAGAUCAUAUUGUUUGAUAUUGCAUCUACAGAGAAUAAAAAAGAUGUUUCUACAACUUUUUUGGCUAGUGAAUUAAACCCUGGGACUUAUAGACUGAAAUUUGAGAUGACUAUAAGAGGGAAACUUUUGAAGGACAGCACUGAAAUAAGAAUUGUAAAUGAUGGUGGUUUAAUCCUCGUUCAAACAGAUAAAGCCAUUUAUAAAAAAUCACAGACAGUUAAAAUGAGAGUUGUUAUCCUCAAUGCAGACUUAAUGCCAGUAAAUAAAAAAAUGGACAUCACUAUUGUCGAUCCAGAUAGUAACAAAGUUCAGAAAUUUGCUGAUUACAGCAACUACACAGGUGUUAUCACUGUGGAGUAUGAGAUAUCAAAUGAUCCUAAGAUGGGAGAUUGGAAGAUACAGGUUCAGCCAUCAGAUGGAAUGGGUAUUGGAACUGAGAGAAAUUUCACAGUUGAUGCAUAUGUGCUGCCAAGGUUUUCUGUGGAAGUGAAACCAUUGGUUCCAUUUGUCUAUGUUGCAGAUUUUUCAUCCAUAGAUAUUGAAGUUGAAGGAAUAUAUACCUAUGGAGAAGGUGUUCAUGGAAGUGCCUCUAUUGAAUGUAAACUUCAGGACACAACAUUCAAUAAAAGAGCUCAGUUGGUUGAUGGUAAGGCUGUGUUCACUAUUACAACAACAGAAAUUGGAGACCCAAAAAAUUUACGGCAGAAAUUGUGUAGAAGCUUUUGGUGUUGGAAUCAGGGACAACAGUCAUUCCCGCUCAAAAUCAAAGCUGAAGUAACAGAGGAUGAGACGGACGAAAAACAAGGAAUGGAAACCAGUAUUAACUUUUAUACUGAACCUGUUGCCAUGGAAUUGGUUAAUAAGAAGGAGUACAGGAAAAACAUGGAUUACACUGUUUAUAUCCAUAUAACAGAUCCUAGCGGUGGACCACUUCUUAAAACAGAGCGAUCAAAGUUUUAUUUAAAUGUAACAAUAACAGAGCAAAUGAAAUAUGCCGUGAUAUUCCAGCAAGAACGAGCCAACUUACCAACCGAUAUGGAUGAUAUUAUCAUGCCAUUUACAACAUCUACCAUAACAAAGUAUGCUCUUAUAAUAAAUGCUGUACUAUAUGACAUGUCUGGAAAGCAGGUGUUGAAGCUGAAUGAAUAUGUUACAGAAUAUAAUUCAUAUGGAGAUGCAGGAGUACAGAUUUCCUUGAUGAACUCACAAAACAAAGCAGAUGGCGUUCGUUCAGCGACAAUGGUUUAUGAUGUUGGUGAUACUAUGCAUGUCAGCACAUCAGGAUAUAGUGGAAAAGCAGGUUUCAAGACAGACUUGUUUCUGUUUUUGUUCAGUAAAGGAAAGUUGAUACGGUCAUAUGAAGUAUCCCCAGGAACUGUUACCGACAUCUUGAUUGAACAAAACAUGGGGCUUGCUCCAUCAGCUUCUUUAUUGUUGUAUGCCAUUUCUAAUGAAAAUGAACUUGUUGCAGACGAGAUGCAAAUAAUGGUUUCUGGACUUCUUAAAAAUCAGAUGACUAUGGAGUACAGUGUUAAAAGACAAAAGGUUGGAAGAGAUGUCACUUUAAGUGUUACUUCGGAUCCAAAUUCUUUCAUAUUUUUAGUCGCUAUUGACAAAGGCUCUCAACUUUUAAAAGCGCCAAACGACAUAACGUUUCAACAGGUCAAGGAAGGGAUAAUGGAGUUUGAUACAAGAGAGGAAAGAGAUGGUAAUAGCCCUUAUCCUGGUCCAAUUAUGUUUCGGAAGAAAAGAUUUGCUGUUGAGAAUUUUUAUCGUGGUAUAUCAGCGAAUGAAAUUUUAGAGACUGUCGGUAUAGUAUAUAUGACAGAUGCACAUGUAGCUGAAACCAAUGAUGAUUAUAUCAUGUAUGACAUGGUUCAAGAAGCUGCUGGAAUACCUAAUCUUGCAAACAAGGUAAACGAUGAAAAAAUACCAACAGAAUCAGAAUCAUCAAACAAUGUUCGUAAAAACUUUCCAGAAUCUUGGAUCUGGUUGAAUGAAGUUACAGGGUCUGAUGGUAAAUACGAAAAUAUGUUUACGUUACCGGAUACAAUCACAGCAUGGACCACUCGUGGGUUUGCGAUAAGUCCUACAAAUGGUCUUGGUAUUGCAACAAAUGUUCAGGUCGAAGGAUUUAAGCAGUUUUUUGUUGUUGUUUCGUUGCCGGCAUUAGCGGUUCGUGAAGACAAAAUCGAAGUUAAACUUGUUGUGUUUAACUAUUUUUUGGCUCAAAAGAACGUACGUGUAACACUGAAACAGUCACAGGACUACAUGAUAUUCAGAGAUUCUAGCAAUACAACGCAGUCUUUAAAUUCUGACUUUACAGAUACAGUCCAGGUGCCUGCUGGACUGUCUAAAGGUAUUAACGUGUUUAUCAAACCUACUACUAUAGGUAAUGUAAUGAUACGAGUUGAGGCUACAAGUGGAACACAAGUUACGGAUGUCACCGAUAUUGUAGAGAAAAUCGUAUCGGUCGAUCCCGAAGGAAAGACAAAAUAUGGUGGAGUGCAGGAGCUGUUUGCAGCACAAAGUACCUUGCAGACAUUACUUGUAAAUCCAGAGUUUCCAUCUGAUUUUGUUCCUGACUCCAGGAAAAUAACGGUGUCUGUUACAGGUGAUAUAUUUGGACAGUCUCUACAAAAUCUUGACUCUAUGAUAAGGACACCAUAUGGAUGCGGAGAACAAAACAUGAUCUCUCUAGUACCUAAUAUAUAUGCUAUGUCUUACAUGGAAGCUGUUAACAAUGUGAAACCAGAAAUUGAACAGAAGGCUAAGAAGAACAUGCAACAAGGUUACCAACGAGAACUUAACUACAAGCAUCAAAACGGAGGUUUUAGUGCAUUUGGAGAGUCUGAUGAUUCCUUUUCAACAUGGUUGACUGCUUUUGUAAUGAAGUCCUUUGCACAGGCCAGCAAGUUCAUUUUUAUUGAUGACAAAGUGUUAGUAGAAGCUAAAGAUGCUAUAAUGUCGCAGUCAAAUAGAGACGGAUCAUUUAAUGAGCCUGGGAAUGUAAUUCACAAGGAUAUGAUGACUGGUACAAGUGGAGGACCAAUGCUCACAGCAUAUGUAUAUAUAGCCUUUAAAGAAACUCAAAAUGCAGGAAAUGCGAUUCCAAACAACUUCGAUGCAAGUUUGACCUUACAAUAUUUGGAGAACUUCUAUCAGAAUACGCCAGGUCUUACGGCUUUCCAAAGAGCAGUUCUUGCAUAUUGUUUUGCUCUCGGUAACAGUCAACAGCUGUCCAACGUUUUGGUUGAUCUUAAUGGUGUUUCGACGAUUUCAGAUGAUGGUGACUUACGAUGUUGGUGUGACUUGAGAAAGAAACAAGUUGGAAAUCAAAAGAUGUACAGCACUUAUGAUGUUAAACCAUCAGCAAUUGAAACGGCUUCAUAUGUUUUGUUGACUCACGUUAUCAAAGGAGAUAUGACAAGUGGAAGACCUAUCGCUAAAUGGAUGAUUUCACAAAUUAAUGGAAAAGGCGGAUAUUUAUCGACUCAGGACACAGUAAUGGGACUUCAAGCCUUGUCAAGCUAUGCUGAACAAUUAUCAAGUGGACAAAAAGCUGCAACAGUUACCUUCAAAUCAUUGGGCCAGCAGGAUGUUACGUUCACAAUUGAUAAUGACAAUGCGAUACUUCUACAGUCAAAGAACAUGCUGAAUAUUGAUGAUAUCGCAUCGAAUGGAAUCACAAUUGAGGUUCAAGGUGCUGGUAAUAUUGUUGCUGCUGUUAACUGGGAGUAUAAUAUAAAUGUUGCCGGUAAUUUCCCAGAUCUCCAUGUCCAGGCAACCAGUUAUACUAUCGACUAUUAUAAUAUAUUCAUUGAAGCAUGUGUAUGGUAUGAUGGUUUUGGAGAUAAUGGAAUGGGGAUGAUGUAUGUUGACUUACCAACUGGCUACCACUGUACUAAUAUGGAAGUACUUCAGAGAGACCCGAGAGUCCAACGUGUAGAAUUUAGUGGAAAAACUUUAAGUUUUUAUUUCAAUCAGCUUUCAAAAUCGAAAACUUGUUUAGAUGUAAAGGCAAUGUGGGACUACAUUGUUCUGGAAACAAAACCUAGUUUUGUAACAGGACAGUUUUACUAUCAGCCAGAAAAACAAAGCAUGACAUCUUAUUCGCUUAGCACAGACAGAAGGACAGGAACAGCCAGUGGCAUCAGCGUGUCUUACUUCCUUUUUAUGAUUGUGAUUGCAGGUUCAAUUCUCGCUUACUUUUAGAGUAUAUUUUCAUACGAGGACUCGAAAUUGAAUAUUUUUUAUACACUUAUGUAUGUGUACCUUUGUAUAUAAUUAUAUUUGUAAAGUAUGUAAAUGUUGCUUUGUAUUUUUUAUGUAUAACUUAUAUCAAAACCAAGAAUGAAAAAAAAAAGAUUUGAUGGAAUAAAAGAACGUAGAAAAUAAAAGCCAGUAAAAAUUCUUAUAACUGAUAAUCUUUAUAAACCAAAAACUUUUUCAUAAAAAAUUUCAAAAAAAAUGCCCCACAAAUUAAAUGUCAAAAUAACAAAUUAUGAAUCUUAUGAAAAUAAUUAGAGGAAACCUUUUGUGUUUCAACUCUAAUCUUGUAUAUCGAUUGAUAAAAAAAGUAUAAAGUUUUUGCUUU